CUUGACAUCCUCCCGACCAUCGGGGAAGGGAUGGAGUGAGAGAGAUGCAGAGAGAGAGAGCGAACGAGAGAGAGAAUAAAGAACUUUGUUACCAGGCGCAGCAGCAUCAGCGUCUGCACAGCGUGUCAAAAGAGAAGCAUUUACAGUCAAUCAGCAUUUUUUUUUCUCUUUUUUACUAUUUUCUUCCCGGACAACCGAGGAGUGUUCAAAGUGGCUUUUUUUUUUGUAGUUUUUUUUUUUGACAGAUGAGACAUAAAAGACAUGCUGAGAGAGAGUCUGUGUUUCAAUCCAUGUUGGGUGUGAGAUGACAUUGAGGAUACUUUAGUGGGAAAAUGCAUCUUUGGCUCUCUUGUGUGCUGCUGAGUGCAGCCUCUGUGUGCACGGUCGGAAUGUCUUACGGAGGAGGACUAUGUGAAAGACUGUGUGCAUGCGAGGAAAAAGAGGGAGUACUCACGGUGAGCUGUGAAAAUAAGGGAAUCGGGAGUAUCUCUGAAAUCAACCCGCUCAACUUCCCACAGUAUCAUUUGCUGCUCACUGGGAAUUUUUUAAGGAAGCUCGCCGCUAAUGAUUUCGUCGACUAUCGAGGACUCACGAUAUUACAUCUGGGGAAUAACGAGAUAUCCCUGAUUGAAGCCGGAGCUUUCACAGGACUUCAGGGAUUAAAACGAUUACAUCUCAACAGUAAUAAAAUUGAUGCCUUGAAGGAGGAGCUUUUCUGGGGCCUGGAAAGUCUGGAGUAUCUGCAGCUUGAUUAUAAUUACAUCACUCAAGUGGCGCCCGACGCCCUCGGCCGACUUCGACACCUGGAGGUGUUGAUUCUCAACGACAACUUGAUAUCCACUCUGCCUGUGAACAUCUUCCAGCAUGUACCGCUGACUCAUCUGGACUUGAGGGGGAAUCAGCUGAAAGUGCUUCCUUACUCGGGUCUGCUGGAGCACAUGAACGGCGUCGUGGAGCUGCAGCUGGAGGAGAAUCCGUGGAACUGUUCCUGUGACUUGAUCGCACUCAAGACGUGGCUGGAGAGCAUAUCGUACGCGGCGUUGGUCGGAGACGUUGUUUGCGAGUUCCCCUUCCGCCUCCACGGGAGGGAUCUUGACGAGGUGUCAAAGCAAGAGCUGUGCCCCAGGAGAGCCAUCGCCGAGUACGAGAUGCCGCCGUUGCCGCAUUUGAACCCAGACGCCUACUACAGGAGCACGCCGGCUAUCGCCACGUCGUCCUUAACCUCAUCCGGUAUCGCAAGGUCAUCGUCAAGACCCACCAAAGGACCUCGGCAGUCGGGGAAAUUAAAAUCAAGACCGACUCCUCGCCUGGCCGCGAACAAACCUCAGAAUUACGGUCAAAUUAUUUCAUAUCAAACCAAAUCCCCCGUGCCUUUGGACUGCCCGUCUGCCUGCACUUGCAACCUCCAGAUUUCAGACCUCGGACUCAAUGUCAACUGCCAGGAACGAAAAAUCGAGCACAUUUCCGAUUUAGAUCCCAAACCCUACAAUCCUAAAAAGAUGUAUCUCACGGGGAAUUAUAUCCCUGUGGUGCGGAGAACAGAUUUCAUUGAGGCAACCGGAUUAGAUUUGCUUCAUCUGGGGAACAAUCGGAUCGCUGAAAUCCACCAGAAAGCUUUUGCUGAUUUGACUCAUCUCAGGAGACUCUACCUUAAUGGGAAUUUGAUAGACCACCUAACGGAGGAUAUGUUCUGCGGACUGGAGAGUUUACAGUUCUUGUAUUUAGAAUACAACGUGAUCAAGGAGGUUGCGGCGGACACCUUCCAGCACGUCCCCAAACUCCAGCUUCUGUUUUUGAACAACAACCUCUUGAAAACGUUACCGGUGGGAGCGUUUAGCGGUCUCACGUUGGCCAGGCUCAAUCUUCGCAGCAACCAUCUGCGGUAUCUGCCGGUCGGCGGCGUCAUCGAUCAACUGACGGCGUUGGUGCAAGUGGAUUUGUACGAAAACCCCUGGGAUUGUUCGUGUAGCAUUCUGGACUUGAAGAUGUGGCUGGAACAGCUCAGCACCGGCACCGUCGUAAACAACGUCAUCUGUGGCUCGCCCAAAAGACUCGCCGGGGAAGAUAUGCGCUACAUUAAAACGGCGAAUUUCUGCCCGAAUAACACGGCUACACCGCCGUCGAUGAUACCACCUUCGGAGGAAUCCUUCCCCGGUAGCACCAUUACCAUCGAAACGCCGCUGGACUCCGACACACAAUACGGUGCUAUCCCGUUAUCGGUGAUGAUCCUUGCACUUCUGUUAAUGUUCAUUGUAUCGGUUUUCGUGGCCGCAGGAUUGUUCGUAACAAUCAGGAAGAGACACCAAAAAAGCCAAAAGGAGCACAACAACUCCAUGAAUGCUUGCAUCAGUUCUCUAAACAUGGAGUACGGACUGUACAAAAAAGGAACCAUCCCAAAGGUCAGGACAUCUGCUGGACAUGUGUAUGAGUAUAUUCCACCCCCAACGGAACAAACGUGCAGAACUACAGGCCAAACGUCCGCAGAUUGCAAAUCAGUGGAAGGAUUUCGGGAUUUCGACGAGCUGAGCGGCCCCUUUCUGGGCAACUCCGAUGAAGAAGCAGCUAGUAAUGUAAUAGGCUCUGAAUACAGCACCACUACCCCCGAGCCUCUCAAUAAGCCUUCAACGUUACACCAAGAUGAUCAGUCGUACUACCGAGAAGUACUCAAUCAGGACCAGAACCCACGAUACAGCAAUACAUUACCAUGCCGGCACACCACACGUGCGUCCAAUCAGUACGCGUCGGACUUUGACGCAAGGCAUCAGUACGUACAUCCCGACAGAGUACAACAGACAAUACUGUACUGCACGGCGCCAAGUACUGUUUAUGUGGAGCCAAACAGGAGCGAGUAUUGGGAACUGAAAGCUAAGCUUCACAUUGAUCCGGAUUACCUUGAGGUGCUUGAGAAAAGAACAACAUUUACUCAGUUUUAAGUCAGCGCCAUCAGUCAGUCAGUGGCAAAGAUACAGUAAAUCAGGAAUUUGAUCGUUCUGCAAAAACAGGUUUAUAGCGUCAUCGUGAGUAUAAUGGAUUGGGAAAAAGUGACAUUUACCGCUGCAUGUCAGGCUAUCCAAUCACGAGUGGUUUCACUCAAAUUGGGGGAACACUGAGAUGUGAUCAAUAUAUUUGGAAAAUAUCGCUUUGGGUGAUGUCAGUGCAACUGUUUUCGUACUAUACUAUAUGAAGCACUUCAUUUUGUCAUUGUAUGCAUUCUUGUAUGUUUCAACACUACAGCUUGGUAUCAGUACAAUUUAGUAGGAUUUUAUACUAAAGUUUCUAAAUUAUACUAAAUUUUCACAUCUGAACAGAAAAUGACAAAAUUACUUUUGGAGCUGUUUUAAUCGAAACGCUGAAAAAAAAUUUAUGACAACAAUGUUUGGUGGUCAAGUGGUUAGCGCGCAGGCCUCACAGCUAGGAGACCGGGGUUCAAUUCCACCCUCGGGUAUCUCUGUGUGGAGUUUGCAUGUUCUCCCCCGUGCAUGCGUGGGUUUCCUCCCACAUUCCAAAAAACAUGCUAGGUUAAUUAGCGACUCCAAAUUGUCCAUAGGUAUGAAUGUGAGUGUGAAUGGUUGUUUGUCUAUAUGUGCCCUGUGAUUGGCUGGCGACCAAUCCAAGGUGUACCCUGCCUCUGGCCCAAAAAGACAAAAAUAUGUGGGAAUGCAUAAAAGUAAUUAGUAAUUAGCGAUGUGCUGACAAUAAUGAUUGUGAGAAUGAUAAUGCGGUUGCACGGUGGUCUAGUGGUUAGCGCGCAGACCUCACAGCUAGGAGACCGGGGUUCAAUUCCACCCUCGGGUAUCUCUAUGUGGAGUUUGCAUGUUCUCCCGGUGCAUGCGUGGAUUUUCUCCGGGUACUCCGGUUUCCUCCCACAUUCCAAAAACAUGCUAGGUUAAUUAGCCACUCCAAAUUAUCCAUAAGUAUGAAUGUGAGUGUGAAUGGUUGUUUGUCUAUAUGUGCCCUGUGAUUGGCUGGCCACCAGUCCAGGGUGUACCCGGGUAUUCCGGUUUCCUCCCACAUUCCAAAAACAUGCUAGGUUAAUUAGCGACACCAAAUUGUCCAUAGGUAUGAAUGUGAGUGUGAAUGGUUGUUUGUCUAUAUGUGUCCUGUGAUUGGCUGGCCACCAGUCCAGGGUGUACCGCCUCUUGCCCGAAGACAAUUAUUUGGAUUUUUUUUUUUGUGUUGGUUAUAUCUUAUUUGAAAGCCCGUAACUAUAAACGUAAUAUUUCUAUUGUCCCUUCCUUUACCGGAGUAUUAAUAUUUCAAACUCUAGAACAUUUUUAUUUUUCAACAAGGCCACAACAUGCACUUGUUUGAAUAUGGAGCAGUCACGCCAGAUCACCUGAGGGCUAAAAACGUUACGAAUCCACUUGGACAGGACGACCCGAGACGCAUGCUAAUGUUGCUUCGGUCGAGCUUGAAGUCAGCAUGUAUGCGCUGCUUAAACAGCUCCAAUUAAAUGUGUAAAUAAGAACAAUCAAGCAGAAAGUCAGCACCCCCUCGCCCCCCCGCCCCCCGCCCCCACCCGCGAUGACUCAUCUUUUCAUAAGAUGCACCCUCGAGCUAUUCCAUUUGCAAUAAUGUGAGUUUUAACUCUCAAAUUAGCUGCAUUUCAUUAGUGCUAAUCAGCCGUGAAGAUGAUAUGUUCCAUUUUUUUAAAAAUAAGCAACAAAUAUUUACCACCGGCUCUUUCAUAAUACAGUAAACCUCGGAUAUAUCGGAGUCGGAUAUAUCGGAAAUUCGCUCACAAGGGACAGAUAAAAAAGAACCGAUUUUUCUGUAAUGCAUUUCCAAUAAAAAUUCAUUGCAUAUAUCGCAUUUUUUUAUAACGGAUUUCGCGUAUUUGGGACAAAAUCUCCAGUCCCGUUCCAAUGCAUUUCCAUGAAAUUUCCCUCGCAUAUAUCGGAUGGCCGCAUCGUGGCGCUCCGAUUCGCCGAAUCGUGACAGGCCGCUAUACGACGUCAUUUGCAGCGUUUGCAGCGUUGUCCAGGUACAUUGGAAACAUAGUCAAGGAAGUGCCUUUUUAUAACGGAUAAAAUCCCAUUUACGCAUAUACCGGAUAUAUAUCCGAUAUAUGCGUAAAACGGACAUUUUCCGGUAUACGCAUAUAACGGAUUUCGCUUAUAUCGGACAAAACCAGUGGGAACAAUUGAAUCCGAUAUAUCCGAGGUUUACUGUACAAAAAAAAAAUCAAUCUCCAAAAGUGCCCGUUUACGUUGACGUCUAUGUUACCCGAAUAUGACACAAAGUUAAAACGUUGAACAACAAACAAUGACAGAUGACCAAAAGCUUAGCGUUUGUGUGUUGCGUCGCCUGCAGAUUGAGAGAGAAAAUUAAACUUUUGCUUGCAGGAUAAUCUGCCACAAACCGUGGUGUUGCCCCAAAGCUUUCCCACAGUGGAUUAUGGACCAUUUUCAAUUGAGUCAUGCUGUAAAUGUACUCUAAAAUAGAAAAAGGGUUAUGAUUAUGAACUGUGUUCACAUGCACCAAACAAAACAUCAACAUUGGGGCGUAUUACAAGAGCAAACACAUUCAUGUGAUAUAUAAAUAUAUAUAUAUAUCUAUGAAUAACAUACAAACAACAUAUGCAUCAAUUAAGGACUCCAUUGUGCUGCGUUCAUGACACAAAAGAUACACGGUAAUAAUCCCUUACCACUAUGCGCUGCAAACUGAAAAAAAAAUAUUAAUUCAUAAAUCAUGCUCGUUUCUUAGGGCUUAUUAUUAGUCCAAAAAAUACUAUGCAUAUUUAAGCCAAUUGUAUGUAUUGUUGGCCUAUAAACAAGAUCUAUACUAUUCUACAAUAAUUACUAUUAAAGAUUGUGGUGAGACACACAAGCACCAGACUUGAUCGCCGGAAUUCCGAAUAAAAAAAAAAAAUCCCCAAUUAAAACACGGGCUACUGUUGUGGCCAUAACUCAUACACCGCACCGAAACUCAACUCUAACCACCCGACGUCACUUCCUGUCCACAUCUCACUAACCCCCCCCCCCCCCCCCCCCCACCCCCCAUAAAGCACCGGAACACAUUCACAGCAACACACAAAGUCUUAUUUGUGUCUUAAAUGGCUUAUUUACUUUCAUUAUGUCAACCAUAUUGGGUAAUACAAGUGUAAAGGUGACUGUAGGGGUGUUAUUCCAUCUCGAGAGAGCUCUAAUAAUGUUACAAACCGGAUUUAGAAGGUUGUAAAAAUGUUUUUGCGUUAUGCAUUAUGUCAACCAUAUUGGGUAAUACAAGUGUAAAGGUGACUGUAGGGGUGUUAUUCCAUCUCGAGAGAGCUCUAAUAAUGUUACAAAUCGGAUUUAGAAGGUUGUAAAAAUGUUUUUGCGUUAUGCAUUAUGUCAACCAUAUUGAAUAAUACAAGUGUAAAGGUGACUGUAGGGGUGUUAUUCCAUUUCGAGAGAGCUCUAAUAAUGUUACGAACCGGAUUUAGAAGGUUGUAAAAAAGCUUUUGCAUUAUGCAUUAUGCAUUAUGCAUUAUGUCAACCAUAUUGGGUAAUACAAGUGUAAAGGUGACUGUAGGGGUGUUAUUCCAUCUCGAGAGAGCUCUAAUAAUGUUACAAACCGGAUUUAGAAGGUUGUAAAAAAGCUUUUGCAUUAUGCAUUAUGCAUUAUGUCAACCAUAUUGAGUAAUACGAGUGUAAAGGUGACUGUAGGGGUGUUAUUCCAUCUCAAGAGAGCUCUAAUAAUGUUACGAACCGGAUUUAGAAGGUUGCAAAAAAGGUUUUGCAUUAUGCAUUAUGUCAACCAUAUUGAGUAAUACAAGUGUAAAGGUGACUGUAGGGGUGUUAUUCCAUCUCGAGAGAGCUCUAAUAAUGUUACAAACUGGAUUUAGAAGGUUGUAAAAAAGGUUUUGCAUUAUGCAUUAUGUCAACCACAUGGGUUAAUACAAGUGUAAAGGUGACUGUAGGGGUGUUAUUCCACCUUGAGAGAGCUCUAAUAAUGUUACAAACAACAAUAAUAUUACAAACGACAAUGAGGAUACAAAAUGUCGUCUGUUGGGUUGAAAAUUUGGAUUAUUUUUAUAUUCUGCUAUAUUUUGAGAGCUUAUAUUUUUUUAAAAAAGCUUAUAAAAUAUACUUUUAAAGAGCACCCCCUCACACACAAACAGAAAGAGAGAUCAGAGCAGCGAGACAGCAAUUCCAGCGCAAUUAUUAAACAUUUAUUUAGCAUUUUUACACAGUCUCUGUUUUUGGUCCGCUUAGUGUUGACAUUUGAGCUCAAGUGAAGUGAACCGCACCAGAGUUUACUUGCAACAGGGCAAAUCCAUGUAAACUUUUAUAUGCGACUAUGACCUUGUCCUUUUGGCUUUCUUUUCGUAAACAAUGCACUUUUGACAUGUGAAAGUCGGCGAUGAUGUCACUUCCUUAAAUGUGCAGUACAUAUUAAUAUUAUGGAGGCACAAUAUAUAGCCAUAUAUACUCGACUUGGAACUGUACAAACUGACAAGCAUAUUAUCAUCCAUGAAGGAGUAUCAGGGCCCUGAAGAAACACCGCUAACUGUAUAAGCUAAAAUCAUAGAAUUAUGUUGAAAUAUUACAAAAUAUUACAAUACUACAAUGUCAUACUUAUAGGAUAAAAGGUUGUGAAUUUUACAGUUUCAGAGAAACAUCAGAAUAAAGUUGUAAUUUUACUGAAUGAAGUUGUAAUAUUCGAGACUUUCAUAAGUAGAACUGUCACGAUAAAAAGUUUGUACUUUGUACGACAAUAAAGCUGUAAUAUUACCACACAAGAGAUGUAAAUUUACAAGAUUAUUUUUUUAUAUUUAUUUUCAGUAGUUUUACUGGAAUAAAUAUUUUUGUGCAAUUGAAAAAAAAUGUUUAAUGUCCAAAUUACUGGCAACCAGUCUCUCGCUCUAAGUCAGCUGGGGUAGGCUCCAGCAUAUCCCUGCGAACUUAGUCUAAGUGACAUAAAAAAUAGAGCAAUUAUGAUUUUUGGGGGUCAUAUUAUUAUGUUCUCUUGUAAUACAAAAAUAAAGUUGUACGUUAACAGAAAAAAAGUGGGGAAAAAAAGUCAUAAUAUCACAAAAAAAAGAUAAAAUAGGAAAUAAAUAUUCACAUGUUGACAUGUUUAUUUAAAAAGAAUUUACCUCCCCACACAGUAAUUCGGGCGAGAGGCGGGGCUACACCCUGGACUGGUUGCCAGUAAUUUGGCGUAAAAAAAAAAAAUUGCACAAAAAAAUUUAUUCCAGUAAAACUACUGAAAAAAAAUAUACUAGCAUAUGUGGCGAUUUGUUGAUUUUUUUUUAUUUCUAUAUUUUAUUAUAUUCUUCAUAUUCUCCCAAUUCUUUGUCGAUAUUUUUUUGAAGGGAUGUGAAAAUACAGGAAAUUUUGUGGGAAUUAUUUAAACAGGAGGGUGAUGAAAAAGAAGCUGAAAUAGGCGGCCAUUUUAAUCAGAUAAUACGAGAAAAGGAUUCUAACAAUAACGAUUGUCUUGAAUAUUACAAGAAAAAAAAUGUGUCAUUUUAUGAACAUAAAUGUUCUCCAAAUGUAACGUAAUUGCUUUUUUUUGCACAAUCUCAGGAAAAAAAAAAACAUAAUUUUCACAAUAUUAAAAAAUAUGUCAUUUUCAACUUUAUUCUAAUACAAUUACAACUUUAUUCUUGAUACUUUGUGACAUCAUUUAAGGCCCUAAUACUACUUCUACUUCCGAAUUGACCGUAUUCAGUCGAAUAUACUUAGCUUUGUGCAACAUUAUGGAUAAAUCUUUAUAUUUGAAAAUGCAAAUACAAUAUAUUUGUGUUCAGGAUUAUGUCUGCAUUAUAAACACCUGACUCAUAUAAGAGUAUUUAUACUUCAUGCUGUAUAUUGAACUGAAAAGCACAACAAAUGAAUGCAGUUGUUGUCUUAAUAUGCAUACUGUGAUCUAUGCUCCAGAAACACAUUAUGCAGUCUAACAAGUGUCCGAGUGGAUAUUUUCAAUAAUUCCCCGAGACUGUAAUGCACAUUAUUUGCAGUAUUUAGCACUGAAGCUGUCGUCUUAAGUCAGCUAAUUAGAGGGCCAUGGCUAUAUGCGGACCUUGUGUGCAUGUUAGUCACCUCGUUGAAUGCCGUCUUGGUGUGGUGUGUUACCUUCUAAACGCAUUUUAACGUCCACUGAUCCACUCGUGAAGAAUUUUUUUUUUUUUAAAAUGUGUGUCCAAUUGUGUGCAAGCGUACUAAAUGCAAAGUAAAAGGAAAAGCGCUAUAAAUGGAUGGAAAAUCGCUCUUUAUGUUGAUGAUGUAAUGACAUCGCCCUCAGGAGACAAGGUACAUCCUGUAUAUCAUGAAUAAAUCUAUGUACGCUGUUUUUUUUUUUUUGUAUGCAGUUAAUAACCAUCAGCAGAUUUUAUAAUUUGGUAUGGGUGGUCAAAGUACUACAGCCACACUGGAUAACAAUAAAUACACAAAAAUGGCAGAAAUGUGGAUUUAUGAUGAAACAAAAGUGGGAAAAAAGGCAUAAUACUAUGCAAUAAUAUCAGUUAUUUUGUAAUAUUAUGCCUUUAUAUAUCCAUAAGGUUAGACUCUUUCCUAAAAAGUCAGAGCUCUACAAGCAGAAAUAAAUAUAACGAGAAAAAAGUUGUGUCGCAAUUGCAAAGAAAAUGUUCAUACUACAAAUUUCAUUCUGAAAAAAUUAUAAUAUAUUAUAUAAUAUAUUUUAUAACAUUACAUUUGAUAAUAUUAGGCUGUUUUUGUUGUAUUAUUUUUCAUGUAAUAUGAUUUUUUACCUUGAUAACAUGACUGUUUCUUCUUCUUUGUGACUGUAUUUUUGCAGUUUUUUUUUUCAAUGCAACACAACUUUAUUCGACUUUCUCAUAAUAACAUUAUGACUUUUUUUUUUCUCCAAAAACAUGCUAGGUUAAUUAGCGACUCCAAAUUGUCCAUAUGUAUGAAUGUGAGUGUGAAUGGUUGUUUGUCUAUAUGUGCCCUGUGAUUGGCUGGCCACCAGUCCAGGGUGUACCCCGCCUCUUGCUCGAAGACCGCUUGGAUAGGCUCCAGCACCCCCGCGACCCUCCUUAGGAUAAGCGGUAGAAAAUUAAUGAAUGAAUGAACAUUAUUAGAGACCUCUCAACAUGAAAUAACACCCCUAUAGUCACUUUUAUACACAUUUAUAGUAAACAUAACAGAAAUUAAUACAUAUAAGGCAUAAACAAUUAACACAUAAAUAAUAUUUUUUGGAAUGUUUAUGUUCGGUUCCUCCCACAUUCCAAAAACAUGCUAGGUUAAUUAGCGACUCCAAAUUGUCCAUAGGUAUGAAUGUGAGUGUGAAUGGUUGUUUGUCUUUAUGUGCCCUGUGAUUGGCUGGCCACCAGUCAAAUCUUGUUCAAUACUGAUAUUUAUUUGUAAAAAAAAAAAUCCAUAUUUUUGCAGAAAUUAAACAGCUGGGAUAGUCGCUAACUAACCUAGCAUGUUUUUGGAAUGUGGGAGGAAACCAAUCACAGGGCACAUAUAAACCCAGAGUACAUGCGCUGGUCUGAGUUGGACAACAAUGUGAGUAAAUUGCUGAAGUGACCAAACAGAUGACUGCUAUUGUCGUGCGUGGGAAGGUUUACUCUUGUUUCUCCAAUAUAGCUUUAAUAUUGUUUCUAUAGAUCGGUGGUUCCCAAACUUUUUUUUGCUUAUCCUCACGAGGGUCGUGGGGGUUGCUGGCCACCAGUCUAGGGUGUACCCCGCCUCUCGCCCGAAGACAGCUGUGAUAGGCUCCAGCACUUUGUUGCUAACUAACAAAGUUAUGCGAACACAAAAUAUAUUGUAGUUUAACAAUUGUGCUUCUAGGGCUGGGCUGCACGGUGGUCAAGUGGUUAGCGCGCAGGCCUCACAGCUAGGAGACCCAAGUUCAAUUCCACCCUCCAUCUUUGUGUGGAGUUUGCAAAAACAUGCUAGGUUAAUUAGCGACUCCAAAUUGUCCAUAGGUAUGAAUGUGAGUGUGAAUGGUUGUUUGUCUAUAUGUGCCCUGUGAUUGGCUGCAGAUUAGUCCAGAGUGUACACCGCCUUUUGCUCAAACUCAGCUGGGAUAGGCUCCAGCAUACCCGUGUCCCUACCAGGAUAUUUCUUGAAGUAUUAUGACGUAAUUCUUUGCUUCCAGUGCGGCACUAAUGCAUUAAGGUAGGAUACAAAUAUUGGUUGUAAAAGAACAAACAUAUUCUCUGUACUAAUUAAAUCUGUGUUUAUUUUGUUGGGGGGGGGGGAGCGUUGUCAGCAUAUCUCUGCAGGCUAGCAGGGACUGAAAUAUCAUAAAUGCAAGCAAAGGAAUAACUUGUAUAUGUGCUGUGUCUUGGGUUGUUAGUGAAUACAAUAUAUGCAUUCAUUACACAUGGCCUUGUUUGUGUGUUCCUUUCAGUACCCCCCCCCGCCCCCGAGUGAAUAUUAUAAUGUGCUCAAAUCCCCAUUGGCAUUUUUUUAGGACAUUACUAAAAUGAAAAUGGCCACUUUAAAAUUUCAAAUCAGGUUUCAUGGUUUCAAUCAAGCAAAUGGGCUGUAACGAAUGGGAAUGUGUUACAUAAGGAACUUUGGGAUGUCUUGGCUUUUUAGUCAGCAUCACCCAGAGACUUCAGUGACCAAUGCUACCAUGUAAACCAAAUGACAUCUGAUGCUCGCAAACGGCCUGAGAAGGAACAUGCCCCAGGCUCUCUUGCAAAAUAGGCAUGGAAUUGAAAUUUCAUCUCACAAAAUGCAAAGAGUAAGGCUAUAUAAGGAGUUAGUGUGUUCUCUGUAGUAAGGAUAAUUCAUAAUAUGCUAACUCCUUAUUUCUAAAAUCACAAAUACUUCAACUUGCUGAUAUAGUUCAUCUUCAAACAGCUAAAAUAAUGCAUAAGGCUAA